AUGCCCAUGCUGUGGGGUGAGGUAGUCUCUCGAAUCGACCGGCGUCUCAAAGCUUCUCCGUCCCUCACACACGCCCUCCUCUUCCCUGUUGACCCUCCGCCCAGUCAUGUCUCUUUAAACCUACGGCUUCGUUACCAGGAACUGCCGGUAUACGCUGGUCCGCUGCGGGAGUUCGAAGUCACUUAG